AUGCCGCCUAGCUCCCUGGCACCUACCCCUGGAUGCCACAUCCUGGAAGGGGUGGAUGAUAUCCAGCUCUUGCAACUGAAGCAUCUUCAUUGUUGGUGGUACAGAUAUUCUAUUCGUACACUCAGCAUCGGACUUAUGUUAGGUGAAUUAAUUCAGUUGCUUUGGAAGUUACCGUUCUCAAAGCGAGCUUUGAGAGCCUAUCACCUACCUGAUGAAGAGCAAAGGCAGAUUCAAAUGAUCACUGCUGAGCUCAUUCAGUUGGUUCACUAUAGUGCAAACCUUCCUGAACCAUUAAGGCAGGAAUCAAGUGGUAAUUCCAUCUUAGAACUUUCUCUCGAUGCCGAUUAUCCAACUAAAGGCCAUGAGGCAGCAACAGAGGCGUGUUGCCACUUUUGGACUCGUGUACUUCAACGUUUUGCAAGUGCGAAGACUCAGGAAGCUUCGGAGUUGAAAGUAAUGAUGGAGAAUCUUGUUACUGUUCUGCUGACAACGUUGAAUUUACCUGAAUAUCCCGCUUCAGCUCCUAUUCUGCAGGUUCUUUGUGUCUUGUUACUCCAGAAUGCCGGGCUGAAAUCUAAAGACAUAGGUGCUCGUACCAGGGCGAUUGACCUUCUUGGCACAAUUGCUGCGAGGUUGAAGCGUGAUUCUGCCCUUGGCAGUAAGGACAAAUUUUGGAUACUACAGGAGUUGGUUAGUGUGGAUGGGGAUGAUCAGACUGAUUCAAAAAAUGCAUGCUCAGUUUGUUUAGAUGGAUGGGGUUGA